AUGGCUAUAACUUACUCCGAGGCUAUCGAUAUAAUUCACAACGAAGCAGCCCAGCACCGCAGGAUCUUUCAAUUAGCCUCUGAGACUGUCCCCCUAUCAAGAGCGGUUAACCGCAUAACACGAGAUCGACACUGCUCGUCCGAGCGUACUCCGCGAUGGGAUACAUCGGCCAUGGAUGGCUUCGCCGUUAGCUCGACCACCAUACAAACAGCUUCCAGAGAGGCGCCAGUAGUUUGCCGUAUCAAAGAAACGAUCGCAGCUGGGGAUGUAGGAGUGACUGUUACAGCAGGCGACGACCAGCCAGUGUGUGCGGAGAUAAUGACUGGGGCGCGUUUUCCGGCGAUUUCGCGCGGCGAGCCAUUCAAUUGCUGCGUACCGAGAGAAGAUACGGUAGUACUGGAUAACGCAGCAGGUUCAGAAGAACGAGUGGUACAUAUUCUGAAGCCGGCUAGGGCAAACCAGCACAGGCGUCUCGCUGGCGAGGACUUCCAGCCUGGCGACACUAUUAUUGAAGCACACACCGUUAUUAAGCCAAAUCAUAUCAUGGCACUUGCGUCCAUACCCUGUACCUCAGUGGACGUUCUUAAACAGCCUCGUAUUGCUGUUUUCUCGACAGGCUCGGAGCUACUAACACCAUCUUGCGACGUCGAUCCAAACUACCAACUGGUUGCGGACACAAACGGCCCGUAUAUAAGCACAGCAUUGGAUCGACUAGGUUGUGAAGUAGACUUUCUGGGUAUUAUCCCAGACAACGCUGCUGUUGCAGCAGACAAGAUCUCUUAUCACCUGAUGCAGCAACGUUAUGACAUGGUAAUCACAACUGGCGCAGUGUCAGCUGGCAAAUUUGACUUCAUCCCGAAAGCACUUGAAUACCUUGGUGCACAGGUCUUGUUUCACAAAGUCGCUAUGAGGCCAGGUCAUCCUGUGCUCUUCGCCAAGUUUAUCCCAGAGAGAGGAAUGAGGCAGCAGCCCUCACCAACGCCCUUUUUUGGCUUACCUGGAAACCCUAUAGCGGCUGCAGCAUGUUUGCAUUUCCUAGUACGUCCUUAUCUCAGAACCCUCCUGCUGCAAGAUCCUGAGGAACCGUUGCUGGCAGUGGUAGAAACAGAUCCCAACGAGGACCAGUAUCAGUCCAUAAAUGAAUAUAACAACCACAAGGUGAUUGCGAGUUUCAAACCAGAUAAAGACAUCUUCUAUCCUGGUACAAGGCUUCAAAUAUCACAUAGAAGUGUUUCUGUACAGAUAGUUCGAGAUUACAGCUCCGCAAAAAUCCGCCCUUUUCUUAGGGCUGAUUGCUGGGUACAUAUUCCUAGAGGCAAGGAGAGCUUGUACGCCGGAGACCAGGUCCAUGUCUACCCAAUGAGAUAA